UGAGUGAGCGGCGCCACAGUCGCAGCCACCGACGCUCGUCCAGCCACAGUCCGCGUCGAAGACAUGGCAGGCAUAGUCGGAGUCGCAGUAGAAGUAGGAGCGCGAGCCACUCAACCUCUUUGAGACACAGUCGUCACCACCGGCACCAUCGAGAUGAGCAUGAGCGUAAGCACAGACGCCGUGACGAGCGCGAAAAGGAAGGUUCCGAGAAGCAAAAACUCGACAACCGCGAGGAAGUGGAGAAUAGGUCGCGUAUGUGGACGGUAGUGGACUCGGAUGAUGACAGCAGUAGCCUUAAGGAAAGGGAAAACGAUAAAUCCAGGGACGACAGUGGACACAAACACCACCAUCGCCACUCGAGACGUCGGUCACGCUCUUCUUCAUCGGAUUCUUCGUCGGACUCCGACUCUGACAGCUCCAAUGACGAGCGAUCGCGUCGGAAGCGGAAGCACAAGCGCAGUAGCUCUCGGAAAGAAAAGAAGCGGCAUAAGAAGGGCAAGAAGAAGAAAAGCAAAAAGAGCAAGAAAGAAAGCAAGAAGCACGCGGUGAAUCAGGACGAGUAUGGCAAGUACGGUAUCCUGCGCGAGUCGGAUUUCCACAACAAGAGCGUGUCGUUCCAGGCGUGGGUGCGUGAUGUUAAGAAGAUGGGCGAGUUUAACGGUCCCAAAUGGGAAGCCAUGGAGCUCUUUAAGGAGUACAUGGAGGACUACAACACGUGCACAUUGCCUCAUGAAAAAUACUACGACAUCGAGAAGUACGAGAUGAAACGCUAUCAGAAGCAACAGCGCAAGGCACACGCCAAGCAGAAGAGUGCGUCGGACGAGGCUCUGGAUACGCUGGCCGACGAAGAACGCGUGCGGCGCGAGCGUCUGGCAGCACGCGACAAGAAGGAGCAGGAGGAAUUCCGCCUCGUGCUGCAGCUCAUGGAUAAGGACAAGAUCGAGGCCAUGCGCGAACAGGAACGACUGCGGUCGCAGAUGCAGAUGUUCUACAAGUCUGGCAACGUCGAAGAGGCUCGCCGUCUCGAACAGAUCCUCAACAAGGUGGAGGAGGACCCGCGCUUCAAGCGCUGA